UAAAUUUCGGAAUUCGGACAAAUGACAUCAUAUCGACACCGCCAGGGGUCGCUCUUUUUUGUAUUUCUAAACUUGUCUGCACCAGAGGAUGAGUUUUAUAGAGGAUAGGGCAUCAGCCAAGGAGCUGGACCAAUGGAUUGAACAGCUCAAUGAUUGCAAACAGUUGUCAGAAAAUCAAGUCAAGACACUAUGUGAAAAGGCUAAAGAGAUUCUUUCCAAAGAAUCUAAUGUACAAGAAGUAAAAUGUCCCGUGACUGUGUGUGGGGAUGUCCAUGGCCAGUUUCAUGAUCUCAUGGAGCUUUUCAGAAUUGGAGGGAAAUCUCCCGACACAAAUUACUUAUUUAUGGGCGACUAUGUUGAUAGGGGUUAUUAUUCUGUAGAAACUGUAUCUUUGCUAGUUACUCUUAAGGUUCGAUUUAAGGAUAGAAUAACUAUUCUGAGAGGAAACCAUGAAAGCCGUCAAAUUACACAAGUCUAUGGAUUUUAUGAUGAAUGUCUUCGCAAAUAUGGCAAUGCAAAUGUAUGGAAAUACUUCACAGAUUUAUUUGAUUAUCUACCACUAACUGCAUUAGUGGAUGGCCAGAUAUUCUGCUUACACGGAGGUCUGUCACCAUCUAUAGAUACUUUAGAUCAUAUUAGAGCGUUAGAUAGAAUUCAAGAAGUUCCCCAUGAGGGACCAAUGUGUGAUCUGUUGUGGUCUGAUCCAGACGACAGAGGUGGCUGGGGGAUAUCUCCUCGUGGUGCUGGAUACACUUUUGGUCAGGAUAUCUCUGAGACCUUUAAUCACAGUAACGGGCUCACUCUAGUCUCUAGGGCACAUCAACUCGUCAUGGAGGGUUACAACUGGUGUCACGACAGAAAUGUAGUGACAAUAUUUAGUGCACCUAACUACUGCUACCGUUGUGGUAACCAAGCAGCAAUCAUGGAGUUAGAUGAUGCUCUCAAAUAUUCAUUUUUACAAUUUGACCCUGCUCCAAGAAGAGGCGAGCCACAUGUAACAAGAAGAACCCCUGACUAUUUCCUGUAAAUCUGAUUGUUGCGUCAUUCAACACAUCUGAAACAUAGGAUACCUUUGAUUCUUUAGUUGAUUGGCAUGUGAAACUCCACUUGUCUUAACAGCAACCAACAAUUUUUCUUUCUCACUAUCACUCAGUUCUAAAACACAUUCAGUAUGUAAAUUAGGUUGGUUUUAUUAAUUAAAUCUAUUUUCAAACCAGUUGUAGUUUAUUUUUCCAUGGUUUAGUAUGUCAGAGGAAUGUAUGUUGUUUAAAGCCCUUUUUGUUGUGGAAGUCAUUAGUGAGAAUGAGUCUUUUUGAUGUUAAAAGCUGGUAAUGUCAUUGCAAUAAUUGAUUGUUUUUAUCUUUUUUUUUUUAAUGAAGAUAAUUAGAACCUGAACAAAAAUUUAAACAAGGUUGUUUUUGUAUGAACUUUUUAAAUAGCUUCAUUUAUACAAACAUCAUAUGCCAUUGUUCAUUUUAUUUUAUAUGUAUAUUAUUAUGCUGUUGUUUAGAAAAAAAAUUAUGAUAGUUAUCGUGCUUAUUUACAGGAGUGAUUCUAUUAACUAAUGGUGACAUUAAGAUUUCUCACAAUAUUUUUGACAAUCUUAGGUUCAUCUCACUGAAAGAAUUCUUACACAACUAUAUUUUUAAUGCAUUUUAAAUUUUAUUUUUCAUUAAUGUCACCAUUUUUAAAUUAGAAAAAAAAAGCACAAAGAAGCCAGUCUGGUGGUGAUAUUGUGUUCAUAACAGUACUAAACUAAUGCCUUUCUGUCAUGUAAAAAUGUAACUUUGUGGCAGUACCAUUCACAGUCCAACUGUAUUAAUGUUUAGUUAGUUUUCCUCCCAAUAUUUGCUUCUUUAUAAUUCUGUAUGCCAUUGGUGCCAUGCAAGUGUUUGUAUGAAUCACACCCUGAAAAAUCUUUUUAUACCAGGCUUUAGUUGAGUUGAACUAAGUUAAGCCUGCUGAAACAUGGAGAAGAAUGUGUUGCCAUGCAGAUUUGUUGAAAAGCUAGUCCAUGAAUACUGGAGCUAUGACAUGCCACACAGUAGCCAACCAUAUUUAUUUUGUGUAACGUUUUGUUUUGGUCAGUGAUAAGAUGCCCUGCAUGAUUCUCCAUUUGUAGUGAACAUACACAAACAAGAUGUAAACAUUGUCAAAUUAAACAUAAAAUGUUACAGAUUG